AUGGCUGUCAAGCCACUCUUCUGUGCUUGCUGUGUAACCUUGUUUAUGUGCUCCAAGCGCGAGGUUAAAAAAAACUUUGGAAACAAGUAUUUCAACCUUGAUCUUGAUAAAUUAGCCCUUUUCCCCAAAAAAAAAAAGCAUGAGACAGUCCACAAGCAUAGGAAACGCCAAGCUCAUUUGCCAUUUUCCUCACAAUCACUUAGUCAUCUUCUCAGCCAGUCCAAGCUACAGAGGAGGUCCAGGCGAGACACCACCUCUUCCUCAAACCCACAGAACCAGCUCUUCCGCCCCGGGGCGGAAGUGGGCGUGGCCGCGGGCUCAUUCUGGGCGGGGCGCAGGCCGCGGGUGGUGCCUGCGCGCUGGCGGGGCGGGGGGGGCGCGUCGGGCGCGUUUCUUGGCCCUGGGGCGCGGCGCGCUGCCUUCCAGUCCGUCGUCGCCGGGUUUCCGGGGCUGCCUUUCGGGAGCGCGCGCCGGAGGUUCUCGCGGGUGCCGGGGAAGAAGCGCGAGAUGGAGGCGGAGGAUGCCCAGGGUCCCCGGGAGCGGCGCGGCCAGGCCGCGGCUCAGAGGCCGGAGCAGAACCAUGUGCAGCCGCAGUCCGGGACCAACGGGCUUCCCAAACAGUCCUACUGGCUGGACCUCUGGCUCUUCAUCCUGCUGGACGUGGUGUUGUUUUUCUUCGUGUACCUUUUGCCCUGACUGGUUAGCUGAUAGCCCAGGAAGUUGGCUUCUCGAGUGGAUUCCGAUGACAACUACAAAGUUCUUGAAUAAAGAAGAUAUGACUGUGUUGCAGCAGAAUUUCCAACUUCUUCCUCACAUCUAACACAUUAACUUAUUGGAAAACGAUCUAUAAGUAAUGAUCACACUUAUAGAUAACUCAGAACUAGGUCCAUUGGUUCCUAUGUGAAAACUUUUCAAACAUCUAAUAAUAGCUUUACAAAAACUGGCUAUGAAAAUAUUUGUACUUAGAUGUUUAGUAUAUUAAGAAAUGUUAAAUACGCUAACAUUUUAAAGGUUGGUCAGUUUUUAAUUUGAUACAAAUAAUAUGGUGUAUAAUGAGGUGAGGUACUUGUACAUUCAAAAUAACUUUGAAAGAAGGGAUUUUGAGAGCAUGAAGUAUUUUUAGAUUGCAUAAAGACUAAAUAAGGAAAGCUAUACAGAAAAUAUAAGCCCCUAAUGUGUUGGCUCUAAAAACUUAAUUUUUAGAUUGAGACUUAGGAAAAGAUACGUUGUGGUUCACAGCUUGAUACAUGACCUAGACAAAGUAGAAAUCAGAAUGUGUUACCCCUUAAUUCCUUUUAAAUUCUUGAGUGCCCUAAAAGAAGAUUGUUUCCAAACCUAUUUAUUACUAUUGUAGUGAGUACGCUUGUAGCCAAAACAUAUUUUUAUAAUGCCUGUAACUGUGUUAAAUAUUUGAACAAUGUCAGUUGUGAUACAUACUCAUUCACCUGGAGCCUGAUUGCCCAAGCAUUAUUUAGACACAGCAGGGAACCAAAAUGCUUCACGGAGCCUACUUUCUCAUUUGUCUUUUUACAAAAUCUUAUGUUAUUUAGUAAGAAUUUGUAUGCUAUCUUGUAAUGAAUGUAAUGUACUGAAAACGUGUUAACUUUUAAAAAGUAUUAAAAAAAUUUAAUUCCAAUUUACAUUCCAAGGCGAUCAGCUGGCAUUUCAAAAGCCAUACUCAAAGCAGCUGCUAUAGAAUCACUUGGGAAGCUAGUCUUUUUAGCGUAAAAAGCUUUAUAUAAUGGAUUUUAGAAACUGACUCAUUAAAAAUCAGUGGUAUUUGAUUUAUAUGAACUGUCUGAAAUAUUUUGGGGUUAUUCUUUUCCCUUUAAAAAGACAUGCAAUCUAGGGGCUGGGGAUUUAGCUCAGCGGCAAAAGCGCCUGCCUGGCAAGCACAAGGUCAUGAGUUCGGUUCCCGGUACCAGAAAAAAACAAAAUAAAAAGACAUGCAAUCUGGUAAACUUUAUACCCUCAUGAUUCAGAAUGGCUCUUCGAACUGGAAUCACCUGGAAUUGAUUUUGGAGGAUUUUAAUUGGCUUAAUGAUCAUAAAGUUAAUUCUACCUUCGAGAUAUUUCAUCUGCCUGAAGAGAACCUUUCUUGAAGGUGUGGUUAAACCAUCUGGGAUUUCACUGAGUUUACUAAAUAUAUGACCUGUUUUUUGUGCUACUUACUAAUUAUAUUGCCUAAUAAAUGUUUACUUAUGUAGCUGAA